UUCACAUGUCAUGCCGGUACCCACUCGUCAGAUGUGGCUUCGUGUUGCGCCGAAGUUCACCUAUUCUGAGCACUUAUCACAUUACAUGUAUUGGUAUUCGAGGGCAGUGGUCUAAGUUACAUUGUGUAUCCAGAGAUAGCAAGAACUUCACUUGUUUUGGGAAGAGUUUCAUCAACGUAAAGUUUGAGGGCGCAUUGAGGGUUGACAUUGUUAGCUGGAAAGUCCCCCCGGGAUUUCACUGGAAGGAUCAUGGCAUCCAACUCUGCUUCGGGGGAUCUUGUCCACACAGAUGCAGCUUUGUUCGAUAAAGGAGAAACAAGUCUGCAUGGAGUAAUGACUGACGUGUCGCCUCGUUGCAUUGUUGCGUUGAGUUCUGAUGAAGAACGACUUGUCACGGAGGAUAGUACGUUAGGCGUAGCUUGUACUUGCCAGACAGGGGCUUCCUGUACUGAGCACCCACUGACUUAUACCUCUCCAGAGGCAUCAUCUACAUGUAGCUCAGCUGCUGACACUGAUUUACAAGCUUCUGCCACAGGGCCACCUCCAUUCAAGUGUAACAUCUGCGAUGAAAUCUUUUCCCGUCAAAAAACACUCUGGAAUCACAAACUCAUUCAUUUUGAUGUGAACACCGUCAGGUGUACAGUUUGCAGCAAAACUUUCCGAACUUCUGCAGACCUGAAGGAGCACUCUCGGAUACACAGCAAGGAGGGCUCCUUCAAUUGUGACUUGUGCGGAGAAGCUUUUAGAACCCGAAGUGCACUUCUAAAACAUCAGACUAGCAACCACUCUGGGGGGAGCAGUGAUGCAUCUACCUCAGACAUCCGUAAGAAACAGAAGAAGGAACAUGUGUGCCCUUACUGUUCCAAAGCAUUCAAAGGUAAAACUCAUCUUGAGGAGCAUGAACGCAUCCACACAAAUGAAAAGCCCUUUGCUUGCCAAAAGUGUGGUAAAGCUUUCUCUCGCAAAAACACGCUGACCCGGCACAUUGCAACCCACUCUGAAAAUAGGAAACCGUUUCUUUGCCAUAAGUGUGGCAUUUUCUUCCAGACUUAUUACUCAUUAAGAAAGCACAGGCAACUACACAAGGAUCGGCCCCACGUGUGCAGGUUUUGUAAGAAGACAUUCUCCACACCAAAACAUUUACAGAAGCACCUGCAAAAGCACAGGAAAGAUGAGUACAUCUGCAGGUGUUGUAACAAGAGGUUUCAGACCCACUUCAAAUUGAUGAGGCACAGAGAAAGCCAUCAAACUAAGCAGAGGACUUACAAGUGUGUCGACUGCAGCAGGUUGUUCAAGACAGCAACCCAUCUCCAGAAACACCAGAAAUCAACUCACAAACCUAAAGGAUCCCAUGUUUGCAGAUUCUGCCAGGAAAGCUUUAAGAAAACCAAUGAUCUCAACUUGCAUAUCCGCUCCCACGCCAAGGCUAGGAGGGGUGGUCGAGCACUUGCCCAGAAAUCCCCUAAAGAUAAAUACCGCUGUGGGAUCUGCAGCAACUCUUUUGAAACCUACUAUCGGAUGAGACAACACAAACAAAUGCACCAGGAACGGCCUUUUAUGUGUGACAUUUGUGAAGAGACCUUUCUGACAGGAAUAGACCUGAGUGAGCAUAAGAAGACUGAAUGCACUGAUGCCUUCAACUGUGAAAUGUGCCAAAAGACGUUCACUUCUCAGACUGCCUUGCAGUGCCACCAAAUCAAGCAUGUCAUAGAGAGACCGUACAUGUGCAGUGUUUGUCUCAAGUCCUUUAAGAGCACUAGUCAUUUGAAAGCUCAUAUGUUAAGUCACGCAGAUGGGAAAUUCUACACUUGUGCCAUCUGUGACAAAGGGUUUAAGGAACAAGGAAGUCUUCAACGACACCAGCAGUUCUGCCAGAAUAGAAGACCCAGUGAAAGACCUGAAACAUCACAGAGGACAUCAGGUGUUGCAUCCAUGACGUACCCUGUACUCUGCCGCGAUGGCGUACCAGUGGUGAAUCAGCCGAUAUUACAGACCUUUGUGCUUAAUCCUGGACAGGAUCUACAAUCCAUAGAGUGUCUUCAACCCUCUGAAAGUGUCACCAUUCCUAGGAAUGUCUCUUCCUCUGUCCAAUCUGUGCACAGGAGCUUUGAACAGGCAGUCGUCAAUUCUGUAGCUUUACUUGAUCAAAGUCAGUCAGUUCCAUUGGGCAUUUCAUUCAAUAAACAAAGUGGAAACUGUGUACAUCUCUCCCAUGCUACCAUAUUAGGUAAUGAAGUACAUGUAAAUGGUGAAGUAGACAUGCAAAGGAACCCGUCUGAAGGAGAAUCCCCUUUGAGGAGGAACAAGAGUGCUGAAGUUGCACCCAGUGCAAGCACACCUUCACGGUGUCAGGAGUCUUACAGUGAAGGAAGGGACGUACUUGGUGAAGCUGGUGCUGAGUCAUCUGAUGAUGAUGGUGGUGGAGGGGAGUUUGCUCUGACAGAUACUAGUGAUGAAGUUGAUGAGGUUGUCCUGAACAGGGUCUGCACAGAGGUGCUUCUUCCUGAAACAUUUACAGAGAAUUCAGAUGAUUCAGGUGUGAUAAGCCAUCAGUUGGUUUCUGCCCAACAACAUUUCAAUCUGAACCACCCAACACUGCAGCUGGUCAUUAACAAGAUUCAGCUUUUCACCUGUCAUGUUUGCAAGAGAGACUUUCAGUCGAGUAUUCAGUUGAACCAGCAUAAGCUCUGUCACCAAGAAGAUAACCCUAAUGUCAGGAUACCUACUGAUGGCUCCACUAAUCAUCAGACAGGUCACACAAAGACGUUGUCUUGCAGUUUUUGUGGAAAAGAUUUUCAUCGUCGUUCCAGACUACAGGAGCAUGAGCGUAUUCACACAAAGGAAAAGCCAUACAAGUGUACAAAAUGCGGGAAAGAGUUUUCGCACAAAAGUAGUCUUCGAGGUCAUGAAACAGCUAUCCAUGGAAUGACAUGCCCCCAAAGACCUAGAAACAUCAUAAAAAAUUGUGAUAUUUGUGGGAAAACAUUUAAAGGAAACUCUUACUUCAAGCGCCAUAUGGCUACUCAUAGCAGUGAGCGUCCUUAUAAAUGUGAAAGAUGUGAUAAGGCAUAUAAACAAAAGUGUCAUUUGUCGGUUCACCAAGUAAAUUGUAUUGGAACAGAUGCAUCAAAAUCUGCAGUUGUUCCUGAACCAAGUGAGAAGCCUGACGGCACAUUUAAUAACUAUGUUGCUACACGAGGUGCAUCGGAUGUCAUCAGUGUUGACAAACUCAAAGACUUAAAAAGUUGUUCAGGGACUGAUGAUACACACCCUACACGAAUAACUAGAGGUUCGGCAGCUCGAGCCAUGCAAAAUCUAACUGCUGAGUGCAUGGAACAGGAGCAUGGCAAAAAGGAACUCUCCUCUAAAAGUCUAAAAACCAAAGAGUUAAGUGGAGAAAAGAACAGCCAAACUCCAAAUCUACAUGUAGAUGAGGCUCUGGCAAAUUAUUCACAGAGUAGCACUGAACAUGCGCUAACCAGUGAGGUUGGAGGAGAUAAGGUUCAAACCAAGAUAACUUCAGACUCUGUGAGUACAUCUCCAGCUGAGGCUGAAGGAUCAAAAAUACAGUUGUCAGCAAGUGUUGGCCCUGAAGGUGCUACAGCUGUUAUGGAAGCUGCUACUGAGGAUCAAGUAGGGACAUCUAAGAGAAGAACAGUCACUUGCAGAUUCUGCGGAAAGUUCUGCGGUUUCCGUGCCAGACUAUUAGAGCAUGAGCGUGUUCACACGAAAGAAAGACCCUUCAAAUGUGACAAGUGUGAGAAAACAUUUGCCUAUGGUAGUGUACUCCGGAGCCACAGGAUAACAGUCCACAAGAUGAGAAUUUCCCCUCGAGGGAUAAUGAAAACAAAAAUGAUGCCUCAUUUGAAGGACGCAGACUCAAAUGAUGUUGACAGCAAGUGUAGCAUCCUUCAGUGCAGUAUCUGUCACCAGGAGUUUCAGUCGGCAGCCUUGAUGAAACAACACAGGAGCCAAGCGCACAAAGAGAAUCGACCAUACCAGUGUGAUCUGUGUGACAAGGGUUACUUUGCAAAAGCCCACUUGAAGGAACAUCACGUGCGAGCUCAUUCCAAUACCAGAAAUUUCAAGUGCCCCGUUUGCCUUAAAGGAUUUAGGACCAAGUCUGAUUGCACUCGACAUAAACAAACUCACAGGGCUAGGCUUAAGACAGGGAACCCAUCAUCUGCCAAUAUUGACCCGGUCAUGGAGCCAAAAAAUGAACAAGCUAGAGAUAAGGAGACUGUGUUGGGUGCACACCAGCCUUGGAAAUCAGGAGGAAACAAGUUAACCACAUGCAGGAUCUGCCACAAGAGUUUUCGCUUUGUGACCCUCCUCAAGGAACACAUCAAGCAAUUGCAUGGAGAGGAAAGACCAUUUCAAUGUGACAUGUGCAAAAAGACCUAUUACACCAUAUCCCAUUUGAAAGAGCACCAUAUCCGUGCUCACACUAACUCUAGAGAUUUUAUAUGCCCAAUUUGCCAGAAAAGGUUUUGUAGGAAAUCUGAUUUAAACCAGCACAGACGUACUCGUUGCUGUGAACCUUCUGAAGCUAACCCUUCUGCUUCAGAUUAUCGGGAAUCAACUGGAACUUGCGAAAGUAAGCAGUUGUUUACCCCUAGUGGAGAAACGAGGUUAGUUUCCUGUUCAACUCAUUAUUCAAAUGAUACCUCAGCAAAUUCCAACAGUAGCAACAUUGAACAGCCAAGUAGUAAUGAACCUGUUUGGGAUAAGGUGGGAACAAUGAUCACUGCAGAGACAGCACCUGAAGCUGAGACCUGUAGAUCUGAGUUACAGUCGUCAGCAACUGGUCACUCUGAAGGUGCUUCACCCGAUACCGAAAUAGUUUACAAGGGUCAGCAAGGGACAUUUGAAAAAAAAUCAGUCACUUGCAGGUUCUGCGGAAAAUUCUGCGGUUUCCGUGCCAGACUAUUAGAGCAUGAGCGUGUUCACACGAAAGAGAGACCUUUCAAGUGUGACAAGUGUGAAAAAACAUUUUCCUACGGGAGUGCACUCUACAAGCACAGGAGAGCAGUCCACACUGAUAAAGAGUUGUGUGAUGAUGGUAGCAAGUCCUGCCUUCAUCAGUGCAAUCUCUGUGACCAGACGUUUCAGUAUGCAGCCUGGCUGAAACAACACAGAAGCCAUGCACACAAAGACAAUCGACCAUACCAGUGUGAUCUGUGUGACAAGGGGUACUUUGCAAAAGCCCACUUGAAAGAGCAUUACGUGCGAGCUCAUUCUAAUACCAGAAAUUUUACUUGCCUUGUUUGUCUCAAAGGAUUUAGAACCAAAUCUGAUUGCACUCGGCAUAGACAAACCCAUGAGGCUAAGCCUCACGUUAAGAAGUCACACCUACAUGUACUUCAGCAUGCAGAAACUCAUCGCUCAAAGGCUGUUCGCUGUAAUCUCUGUGGUUCAUUGCACAAACCCCUUCCAAAACCCCGAAGGUUCAACUUUUACAAGAGGCGCAGGUUUUGGUGCAGUGCUGUGAAGCGCAAGGUACUGCAGCCAAAAGGAAGCAGCAGUUCAACUCAGAAGGACACCAGACUGUUCCAGUGUACUCUGUGUGGGUGCAGUUUCGGUAAGACGUCCUGCUUUAAGAGGCACUUGGAAGUUCACGCUGAGGGCAAGGAGUUGAACUUUUGCAGUUCUUGUGAGAAACACUUCAAAACCCUCAGCCACCUUCAGAGACACAAAUUAAUAAUUCAUUCAGCUAGAAAAUCGGUUGAUCGUGUCAGGGACCCGCCUGAGGAGCCCACGAAAUGUGAAAAAUGCCAGAGAACAUUUCAAGAUAGAAGUUCUCUUGUUAGACAUCUAACUGACGACCAUAUGAACAAACGGUCGCAUUCUUGUGAAAUAUGUGGUGCUUUGUUUAAAACCGUUUGGAGACUCAACGCGCACAAGGAGCAGAUUCAUCCGGAUGGUCGAAUGAAGUUAUUUGUUUGCACUGUCUGCAACAAGAAAUUCCGCAUCCGGUUUCUUCUUCGCAAACACGCAGAGAGUCAUUUGAAGAAAGCAGCAUUAACCUGUACAUUGUGUGAUGCGUCCUUCCUAGCGGAACUAUGCCUUCUCGCUCAUAAGUGCCCCCGACGCGUUCAACCCAAAUCAGAGCGCAAUUUCAUGUGUGACCUGUGCGGAAAGCUCCUCCGAUCACUUAGAGAUUUGACGAAUCACCAGUUGGCCGUUCAUUCCAAUAAAAGAGACUUUAUCUGCGAGCGAUGUGGGAAGAGAUUUAAAACUGGUAAAUGUGUGGAGAUACACCAGAGGAGGACACGCUGCCAGGAACCGCAGAAGUACACCUGUGAGACGUGCGGCAAGACCUACCCGAGGGUGGGUUCCUUGGUGCUGCAUCGACGUUGUCAUCGAGAAAAACAGCGCACCUGCAAAGUGUGCCACAAGGUCUUUGCUAGCGCGAACUGCCUGUGGUAUCACAUGAAAUCCCACUUGAACGUGAGACCCUUUGCCUGCAACGUUUGCCCAAAGAGAUUUUACUCCAACAACUUGCUCAAAGAACACCUCAAUAUCCACACGGGAGAGAAACCUUUUAAAUGCAAGACUUGUGGAGCUGCUUUUACCCACCGUGGGACCUUGCACCAUCACUUCAGAGUUCACAAAAAGCCAAAAACAUCGAAAAAAGAUACCAAAUAAUAAUUGUACGUACCUGAAAGCCUUCUACAUGUUACUACAUGUACAUGUCGGCCUACUUUCGCUUAGUUUUUGAACAGCUGUAGAUCAUAAUGAGAUACAUAUACAUUUAUCGAGCCAUGUUCAGACUUUCAAACUACAUGUACAUGAAAAUUUAUUGUGUGGAUCACGAAAUCACAUUACUGAAUACAUGCUUAGUUCCUGUUAGUAGGAUUGUUGUUUGAAAAAGAGGGAAAGGGUUAGCAGAGGGGGACAACCUCACGUCUUUUGAACCUCUUGUGAAUAUCAGAUUUUAGGGUUUGGGCAUUUUCGUACCAAUCGAGGCUGCGCCGAGUUGAUAAUCAUAAAGCACAAGUAGACUGCCCAAACUCUGGUGUUAAAUUUGUAUUAAUUUUGCACCCUGGGUGUUGUCAGUCCUGUGAUAACAUACAGGAUAUUCCGAACUAACACUGCAGGUUUUGCAAUGAAUGUUGUUUGAGAUUAUCAGUACCUUCUGUAGUGUUACACCUUGUGUUACCGUUAACUUUAGAUGCCUUGGUGGGCAAUGCGUUUGACUUUCUUCAAUCUUGCAUGCGUACACGGAUUUACCGAACGGGUCACGAACUGCGGUAUUAGGUAUGCAUGUACAACGUAGUUCCCACUGCAAACUGAUUUACCAUCGCUGUAAUUAAGGCUCCUCAUGGUUAAACCGAACUCGUUUCGUUUCGAUCAGAUUAGGGAUUGUCUGUUCCCGUGUUAAGAUUGCACUGGGUGGGGUUUCAGUAUCUGUGGAUGUGAUGUACACUGCAGGUCUGUAACUGAAAGGCCAUGUAACUUCAGGCCAUGUGGCUAAAAGGCCUGCUUUUGAGGCAAGAACGGAUUUUGAGCUGCGCAAAUCAAUGCCGCGCUUCAGUAUUUUUCGCCUCGGUCAAUCCUCUCUGCGGGAGUUACAUGUAACCUGUAACCCCCCUAGAACCAUUGGUACGACCUCAUGAAUCCUACUGGCUUUCAAAAUGAAAAAGCAAAAGAUAUGCAGGCAUGUUUGGUCCGCUUUGUUGAGGACUCGCGCCCUCCCAUGAAAAGUCCCAGCUAUACGGAUCUGGUCGUUUGUCUUUUUAAGAAUACUUCGUAACUACAUGACGUUUCUCUCAGUACUCUGCUGAGGAAAUGACAGUGUUUGAGUGCACAAGGAAAGAAAUACAGUGUAAUGAAUUUGUUACAUGUACAUGUAUGUCAUAAUUAUGUAGGCCUACAUGUAUGUGCUGUUCAGGCGUGAUACUACAGGGGAGGUUGGGGGAUCUGGCCCCCUUCGCCAACUUAUGUCUGGCCUCCAAAACUGCAAAGAAGUAACGAAAGUUAAAGGAUGACGUCACGUGCGAAGGGUUUAUCCCCCCCCCCAUGGCUCUGGAACUGCACUUGAUGCCAGGCCUGUGUGUGGUUGCAUUAGAUCCCCUUAUACGAAUUUCACCUUUGUGGAAACUUGGAUUUUGCGUACUGCAGUGACUUUGACUUUUAAAGAAAAACUCUGAAUAAUUGAUUUACGUAUUUUGCAGUACCCAUUACAUAUAGUUUGUUCAUUAUGAGCGACAUUAUUGGUGUAAAAAUCGUUAAUGUGUUUGUUUGAAAGUUAGUGUAGAUAGCUUGUUAACCUCCGUUUUAGAACCAAAAUGCUACUUUUGUGCAUCCCUUUUGAAAAAUUCCGGUUUAUCCGCCAGUUUAAGAGCGAGAAGCGCAAGUUUUCAGUGUGAUCUACAAAUUUUGAAAUAGUUUGAAUGCCUUUAUGCACGUUUUGAAUUUUGUUCUCACAUAGUUCGCACCUAUGUUUUUGAUUACGAAUCUACGUUAUUCUUUAAUUGCUGUACAUGUAUAGUCGGCAAGUACCUUAUAACUGUGAAACCAAAAGUUGGCGAAAUUCGGGACCUGGCGACUAUAGGAACCAUGUGUAGGCCUAUGAUCUAAUGCAGUAAUAUGCAUGUGUAUUUUGUGAUUUCAAAAACAGACUUUUUUCUCAGAGAUAUGGAAAUUAGAUGUUCAGCUACAGAUUGCAUUAUUAUGAGCCACUUGGAUUAUUUGAAAUCUUUCAGGAUUAAAGCAUGCGCACCAGUCGACGUAUGGCCACAGCUACGCCGAUAGGACAGACUAUCGCGCGUGCGUGCUGCAGUUCCCGAGACUACCAGACUCGGACACCCUUCAGUUUGGGCAUGCGCUGUUGGAAUACUCCCUCGUUGUGUCAAUGUUAUAACGAGGAACGCUCAAGUUAAAAAUAUAGAACAUUGAUUGAAUUAUAUUCUUGUUUUCAAAAUUUGUCCCUUCUCUUUGUGAAAUGUUGGGCAAAAUUGAAGUACAUGCUCUUGGCAAAGAUUGUCAUGUACAGCCUCGUUCACAGUUGUAACUGUUUCGUGUGUGUAUCAUUUUCAAUCGUACCCCUAUGUCGCCUUUGAUGUUAAAUUCUAUGACGAAUAAAGCAUUGUGAAUUUCAAGUUU